CAGAAAAGUUCGAUCGAAAUCAAGAUGACGAGAAAGCUUAUCGUUUUCCUGUUCAAUGGGACGGUUGAUCCGAGAGAGAUGCGCUUGACAAUGACGUAGAGAUCGCGCCGGAUUGAAUCAUGCGCUCGCAGCCAGGUAUCGGCGACCUCGACGUCACAUUGCGAAAUCCGCGGGGAGCCCGCGAAGGCCGCCGCUCGCUCUGUCAUCCCGAUGCCGGUUCGGUGCCGGCAGGUUACGUAGGCUAUCAGCUGAUGGGCAAAUAUGUAACGUCGGCGUGACGUCACGACCACGCCUGCCGCCUUUAUUAACCACGCGCGAGUCGACAACCACCAGAUACGGACAGACCGCCCAAGGAGUAACACGUGCCCGCCAAUUGGAUUGCGCGCUCCGAUAAAAGUUUUCGUGUUAAAGUGUUUAUUGUUUUGAAGUGAAACUUGAGAGAGAUAAUUUUUUUUUUUUGUUUGUUUGGUGAAAGAUUAUUUUUGUUUUAACGUUGAUGAUGGCCAAGUUUCUGUUGGUCGUCGUGAUGUUUGUGGUUGUGGAUGGUGCCCAUAAACACCACCCCAAGUUCCCGAAGGGCUCGGAGGAGUACGACGCCCCGGUUAUUAAGAAAGUGGCAUGCAGUAGUGAAAAUGACAGAUUGCGCAAUGAAAUCAUAGAAAAGUCAAGAUGCGGACCUCCCAAAGAAGUGUUCGUGUACUUAGAACCCCAAGCUGCUCAUGAGCAGGUGAGUCCUGGCGCUGUUUGGGUAAAGCGCUGCGUCGGCUUGUGCGACUGGGAGACAGACGGGUCCAAAUGCAUCCCCACAAGAACCGUCAUCAGGCAUAUACCUAUCCGAAUAUACAACGUGAAGACGGAUAAGGAGACGUGCUCCACGUAUCCUGUAGAGGAGCACGUAAGCUGCGGCUGCUGUUCAGCAACCCACUCCGAUUGCGGAGAGAAUAGAGUGUUCAAUCCUCGUAAGUGCUCCUGCCAAUGUACCAACACUGAAGAGAGACGCAGUUGCCUCCGACAGCGGAGCCAGAAUAUGAGGUGGAAUCGAUCUAAGUGCGCCUGUGAACCUCGCAGGAGGCAGAAAUGAACUCGGUCCAUACAAACUGUUGGUUUUGAUUAACCACUGAGAUGCUCCGGUGGUAUAACAGGACGAGUGUACAACGAAGACAAAGGAAAUUAUGGAUUUCCUGAGAUUUGUGUUGUGAAAGUUUUAUAGACCGUACGUGCUUUUGGAUAAAGUUGACUGACUCAAGUGUCUUAUAGUCAUAUAAGCUUAGGUAUUAACUGAAUCAAACAGUAUUACUGUAGCGUAAGUUAGGACUAAGUUAUUUAUUCACUGAAUAGUUAGGUAAAAAAAUGGGGCCAAAAGGAUUGCUAGGUACUUUAAUUCCACGACUUUUUGGUGUAUAUUUGUUUUUAAUUUGUAAAUAGGCACAAUUACUGAAAUUAUCGAAUUCUCCAUAGGUUUAGUAGAUUUGUUUGGUAUUAAUGGGAGAUGAACGCAUGCAAGGACAUCACUGAUCAGUAUUUUUAAUAUUAAACUUUGUACGGUUAGAUUUAUGUGCGUAAAUCUAGAUUUACGUAAUUCCUAAAAUGUGAUAUAGGUUGUUAUUCCAUUUUCUUGUAAUUAGUUGUAAAUUAAGCAUUUAAAAACUAGAUCAAUUUAUAGAGUAAAUUAUGAUUGUUGCUAGUCAAGAAGAUACUUAAAUUAUUUUAAAUUUUGUCUCGAUUGUACGUGUAAGCUCUCUUUUUGUAAUAAUAACGAAUAAAUAUUGUGAAUGACUACAUUAAAUUAUGCUCACAGUUCUGAUGUUUUAAAGUGAAGUAGCUAAUUGCUUGUACUAUGUUUGUAUUAUAUUCGACAAUAUGUUUUGCUAUGGGCCUAGUCUAUGAUUGUGCCAAAGGCAUAUCGAAUCUCAUAGGUUUUCGUAUUUAUUUUGUAUUUUAACUAAUUUAUAUUGUUAAUGUAAGAAGCUUAUGAAGCUUUAAGUGAUUUGAUCACGAGUUUAGUUUUAAUAUUUUGUAAUUUAUUUUUUUAAUCUGAUUAGAGUCAGUAUUCAAUGAAGAAUAUGAUGAUAAAUUAAAUUUGUACUUAAUUUUUU